CACAUGAUCAAUUUACUUUUUUUUUCUUCAAUCAAAAUAUACUUUUACAGACGUAGGUCUACAGCAGCCGCCAUGACGAAAUUCGAUGAGAUACCGCACCCGAGCCACCCAGAACACAAGCUGGAGCAGAGGUGGACAGGGAAGCUUUUCAUGUGCAACGGGUGCAAUGAGCCAGGCAUAGGUUCACACUACACGUGUCCCCAAUCCUCAUGCAGCUUUGAUCUGCACAUGCACUGUGCCAUCCCUUUGGGCAUUUUCCAACACCGCUUCCAACGCGGUUGCAGCUUCCAACUCCUCCCAAGCCCACCGGAGAACGCUCGCAGCUGCAAUGCAUGCGGGGAGAAAGGAACGGGGUUCGUGUACCAUUGCGAAGGCUGCAAGUCCAACCUCCACCCCUGCUGUGCUAAGCUGCCCAUGAAGCUCGAGGCUGGAGAUGUCAACCUCUAUUUGUAUGAAAAAGUGAAAAAAUCGUGCCAAGAAUGUGGAUAUAAAGGGAAGGGCUGGUGUUACAGGUCCGUGGACAAGAAAUGUUAUCUGCAUGUGGCAUGUGCGAAGAAAUUGAUAGCAGAAAAAUGGCUACAUGGCUCGGGACAUGGUGAUGAUUUGCAGACCACAAUUCCAAACCUUAACAACAUGAUUCAAAAGUACCAUCAACCUAAAGGGAAGUUGAAGAGGUUCGCUGAGAUUGUCCGGUUGGUUUUGCAGACGGUGAUAUCAACUCUGCUAGGUGAUCCAACGGCUUUGAUUGCUGGAACUGUCAAGUUGCUAUUGACAGAUGAUUGACUUGGUAAAACCUAGUUGAAUGAUUUUGUUUUGUUUUAUUUAUUUGUUUAUUUUUGUAAGAGAUA